UGCGCGCUACUUCUCUAUCCCGCCCCGCGGCCCGGCUCUAAGGAGCCACUCUCCCUCAGGCGACGUAGCCUAAGACUCUUUAAAAAGCGUGUGCCUUGUCUCCUAGCUCUUAGCGUGUUGCUCUUGGAGACGUCUACCCAACCGUCCAUAAUCUCCGUCUGGGAUAUAGUUAAAUCAUUCCUGUGUUGAAAAUUAUAUAUAUAUAUAUAUAAGGAUUCCGCCCAUGAUCGUUAAUGAAAACUCAUUAACUUUUCUAGAAAAAUAUUAUAUUACUUUUGUUUAGAAAGUUAUAUAUUUAAUAUAUUGUUAGACAUUUGUUUAAAUUGGAAAAUAUUGUUGUGUGUUGAUUGGGUGAUAUUGCUAGAUCUGUCCAUGUGCAGUGAAGAGUAAGGGUGACAUGUGAACUUGUCAGUCAUCUCAGCGACCUGCUAUCGUUUCCUGAGACGUGUGCCUCCACCAGGCACACUCACAUAUCUGACUGUGUCAGCUGUGUAAGUGACAAACAGGUGGGUGCGCAGAAGGCAAAGUGGUUCAUCUGCGCGAGUGGGAAGCUGGACACCAUCUCCCCUAUCUCCCCACCACCACCCCUCCCUAGUGUAAACACAACAGUGAAUGUUGAUAUUACAGUGAUCACCGUAGGGCCAAUCAGGACAGGGGGUUGUAACAGCAACCUCUUCUCACCUCUACAGGUGAUCACUAUUCUUAGAGUAGUGUAAUGAGUGCUAUGAAGAUGCACUACUCUACUGCUACACCUCCAUCAUUCCCAAUGCCCCGUAACCUCUUCUUCUCUAACCUGGACGAGGUUAGACGCCCAUCCACGCCUCACUACGGACACUACGCCCACACUUCGCCCAGACCCGCUGAGGCGGCGUUGGUGUGGCCUCCAGGUGGAGAAGGCUCGCACAACAAAGGGGCGGGAGUAGUGGGCGGCGCGGGCGGUUCCUCGCCGCCCACGACUCAACAGGCGGCACCGCAGGGCCUUGUUCAUUGGAUGAGUGUUAUGGCUGAACAUAUGAACAACCCUCACCAUGAUGCCAUGCACUACAUGUGGAAUGGCGUCGAUGUAAGUACUCUGUGUUCAGCAAGCUUGGCUCUUACUACAAGCUUGGCUCUUGCUACAAGCUUGGCUCUUGCUACAAGCUUGGCUCUUACUACAAGCUUGGCUCUUACUAUAAGCUUGGCUCUUACUAUAAGCUUGGCUCUUACUAUAAGCUUGGCUCUUGCUACAAGCUUGGCUCUUACUACAAGCUUGGCUCUUACUAUAAGCUUGGCUCUUACUAUAAGCUUGGCUCUUACUACAAGCUUGGCUCUUACUACAAGCUUGGCUCUUACUACAAGCUUGGCUCUUACUACAAGCUUUAUCUUCGGGAGUAAGGCUGACCUACAGCUCCACACACAGAUCCAUAUGCGGGAGGCCAAGCCCUACAAAUGCUCCCAGUGCUCCAAAGCCUUCGCCAACUCUUCGUACUUGUCUCAACACACACGGAUCCACCUGGGCAUCAAACCCUACCGCUGUGAGAUCUGCCAACGAAAAUUCACGCAGCUUUCCCAUCUGCAGCAGCACAUCCGCACUCACACAGGUGACAAACCCUACAAAUGCCGCCAUCCUGGCUGCAAUAAGGCUUUUAGCCAGUUGUCGAAUCUGCAGUCUCAUUCACGGUGCCACCAAACGGACAAGCCCUAUAAGUGUAACUCGUGCUACAAGUGCUUUGCGGACGAAGCUUCACUUUUGGAGCACAUUCCCAAACACAAGGAGAGCAAGCAUCUCAAGACUCAUAUUUGUCAGUAUUGUGGCAAGAGUUACACUCAGGAGACGUACCUUCAGAAGCACAUGCAAAAGCACGCAGAACGACCUGACAAGCGGCCUUCCCUCUCCACCCAUGGACUACGGCAGGAUAACCCGUACUGGCCUAAGCCGGACACCACUGCUCUCGAAUCCAUGGAUAACCGCAUGUCCGAAACUUGUCUUCAAAAUUCCUUGGACCCGACGCGCCACUUAGCAUCCCGAGAGCACAUUGAUCCUCGUGGCGAGGAACUGCGCCACACUCCUGCCCACAUGCCAGCUUCCAACAUGUCCUACGAUGCCAUUGCUACAAAGACGUCGUCGGCAUUCACGCCGAUCCAGACCAGUAUGUUGCCCAUCAGUGGAGGGACUCAAUUGUCCAUGGCGGCGUCAUCUUCACAGCGGUACUUCCCAUAUGAUCCCAUCAGCUUCCCUAAGACUCACACACAAAUGCCCUCCAUGGACGUAAAGCCCAAUCAGUUCCCCAACCAGCUCAUUUCACUCCACCAGAUUCGUAACUAUGCCCACCAACCUACUAUGAGCUCCGACUUGCUGCUUAAGGACAAGGGUGUUACUCAAUAGUUUGUCGAGUGGAGUGCGGGCCGCAACCAGGCCCCGAUGUCGACUGGGAGUGGGCCGCAUACGGCGGCUCGCGACUCAGGCGCUUCCCUACGGUGCUGGGGCCGCAAUGUGUGGACUGAGCCGGUAGGAGGGGCUGAAUACAGGGUAUUGAUGGCACGGGGCAGAGGCACGGGAGAGGGCGCCGCCUGGCGGCAGCAGCAAGAGCUGUGGCCACCACUCCCAGUGAGAGCCCAGUGACGAGUUGUGAUACGUGCCCAGUGAUAGGUGGACGAGGUCUGCAAGACAAGUCGGCUGACUAAGAAACGCUCGCUUAGCAGGGAAACGUUAGUGUAAAUGUGCAAUAACCACACUAAACGCAAGAGGAAACUCGUGUCGCAGGAACUGCUUCUCACGUAUGUUUGUAAAGAUUGCUAUUGUUAAGGACUGGCCGGUACGGUGUGGUUGCGGAGAUGAGAGAGACUGGAGAGGAAAGAGGACGAAUGGUUGAGGCGAAGUGGUGGUAGUGGAGCUCUGGACGCCCACAUUUAGCACCAACAGCAACAAACAGCAGCCAAAUGCUGUCCCGUACAAACCCACCAGAAUACAGUUCACGUUCCUCUUCACUGUUAAAGUGAGCAACUCUCCGAUAUCGUGAUAGCUAAACAAGCAAUACUGUUACUAGUUAUGGUGCCUUCCACCAUCCAUCGAAACCCAUAGGUUCCUUCAAACACAAUUUUACUUUGACUGUAGCACAAAACAUCACUUCAUUUUAUUUUAAACUGUAUACAGGAUUUUCCACGAAAAUAUUGUAUUUUUCAUCUGUUUCCUUAAUCAUGUCACUACUUAACUUUGUUUUCUACUAAGCGUCCAGACUUGCUCACUGACGGCUGGCUAAGUCAGCGUAUUCUUUUACAAAAAAUCAUUCAUUUCCAAGAGGAUAUUUCUCCUUGUGGAAAGUUCACACUGAAAUCCUUCAGUGAACAUGCCGGGACGCCAAUUUCUUUCUUCAUUAUAUACUACCUCUAAGAACAGACGGUUCCAGAUGACAUUGUUUUCGAUACCUUACAAAGUUUGUGCCAGUUGGCCCCCUGUCCUCGGGUCUCUGGCCCUAGCAUCUGGCAAGGUCCCAUCCCCUUCAAGAGUCCCCCACAUCGUUGGGACUAAGACUCUUACUCCCUAAACCUCGUUGCCCACGCAAGACUGCCCAGCCUGCUCGCGGGCAGCACUAACCUCCUCCAUCCAGGAAGUAUACGAUUAUUUCUACGUUAUGUCUUGUAUGUGUAUCAGAUAGUCUGAAGUCUCUUGUAGUUGCAGGUUUCCCAUUAUGAAACAUAUGGGUCUUAAGAAGAGCUUCUGGCAGACUCGAAAAUGUGUGUUUUUUUAAGAUUCACUUUAGAUACUGUAAGUCUAUUGUUUUUAAUACAAAUGUAUGAUGCCAGUUUAACGGCUUAACAUUCGGAAGACUGUAGAUUUGCUGUGAAUCCUGCCAGGGGUUCACCUAUUACGACCCUCAAUUCUCAGACCUCACUUGAGUCGACUUUGUAAACGGCAAUCAGGGGCCAAGCAUCAAAACUCCUCACAUGUUACAGUAUUCAGCACUUCUCUCUAAUCUACAUUCUUCCGCCAACUUUACAGGCACUUUGACUUCAGUCUCUAAGGACACUACUUUUGUAUGCUGCAAAAGUUCUAUAUUAUGCAUGGGUAGAAGGUUAUGAAAAGUACUUAGUAGGGUACAUAGCUAAUACGACUCGUUACUGUUUCCUUUUGUACUUACGACUAUAGGGAGUGAAAUAAUAGGAUAAUGUUGGUUCGUUUUCUAUAUAUUUGCAUGGAUAAUAGACCGUAGCAACAUCUUCUGUCGUAUAUAAUAUGAAAAAUCAAACCGUGAUGUUAUAGACAAAGGAGGUAAAGAGAGUUUGUUAGAAUGGACGAGUGAAUGUAUUUAGAAAGUCUGGAAAUUCAACUCUUGCUUGCUCUCACAGUAAGCAUCGCAUACUUUGGGCCGCAUUCUCGAUGCGUACGGUAAGAUUAGGCUGAUUUACUUGAAGUUUCCAAGAUUUUACAUUAGGCUGAAGGGAUUUCAGUAACAAACUUAUGUGACUUUAUGCCAAAAAUAAACGUUUUUGAAUGUGACUAAAAUUUUGUUAGGCACGUGGAUUACAGUAAUCACUUCUGACAGCCUUUCGAAUCUUCAAUACGGCCCUCAGAUUGUCAGUGACGAGUGAUAUUUUGUACAGUAGCCACAGAGAAGUCCAACCUUCCCAGAUGAUAUUACUGUAAGUGAAACUAUACAUCAAAAUAUGUUUGCUCAACAUAGCUACUUGUUCGUUUGGCACGUUAACAGAUGUUUGUGUUAAUUGUUAAUUCAAGUGUUGACUGUUAUUAAAGGCUCAUAAGUCACACUAAAGUGGAGUUCUCGUAUUCAACAUGACUAGUUUUGUUUAUGCUAGUUUAAGGUUUUAGUGGAUUGGAAAUGUGUGCUUGUUAGAGCAGUGUGACCAAUCAAAAGGAACCUUAGCAUAGACAAAGGGGUUGUGCGUUCCACGAUAAUUCCUCUUCUCGGGAAGCCUCAGCAUUGCUGAAGGUCCAGAGCCCAAAGUGUACUCACGGGGGAAAACGUCCAAUCAGGAAGUUCCUGAGACGGCAGCAUCCAGCGACUGAGUUUGCUCUCCAGUCUCUGUGCUGAUAAGCUUAACUCUUUGUGUAUGGUAAUUGCACGUGCUAAAUCUAAUGCUUGUCAGGGUAAACGUCGCAUUGUUGAGGUUUAAUUCCUAACAGACAUUAGUGUUUGAGUUUAAUCAUCAUCCCGCCAUCUUUUUGGGCAUGAAUGCAAGAUGAAAAAACUAGGCCACGGCACAGUCCGAGAGAUGACAGGUGUGAAUAGGGUCCCAUAGUGCCUACACUGAGGGCUCUGGACGGCAAGGCUCACCCAAAUGUCCUCGCAGUAUGGCUGAAAGCUGCGUGCAUGGCUUACUGAAUUCCCCCCAAAAUGAUUUAUUUUGUUUAGCAAGAGACAUGACUGAAGUAAACUCGAUAAGUUCAGCCCUUUUCGUUGGUUCAUUUCUCUUUGUCGUUCGUGGCAAAGCUAUUUCAUUUUCCGCAACAACCCCUGAAGUAAACUCGAUAAGUUCAGCCCUUUUCGUUGGUUCAUUUCUCUUUGCCGUUCGUGGCAAAGCCAUUUCAUUUUCCGCAACCACCCUUUGUGAAUGUACAGACCCUCCCCACCCACCUAUGUAUUGUUAUUUUCAUUUAUUUCCUCUCUUUUGUUUCUCGUCCUUGCUUUUAUAGCUAUCCUCAGUCAUGGCGGCCUGGCCUUGACAACCUGGCCACGAUCUUGACAGUCUGGCCUGGAUAAGGGUAAUUUGUCUCGCCAUCUUGACUCUCCCGGUGCGGCUCCAAAAGUGACGUUUGUGUAUCCAGCUUUGAGUCCGUUCAUUAACAUUUCCCUCUGAAGAUUUAUCUAUUUUUAAUUAUGCUCGAGAGCGUUAUUUUUUAUAUUUAGAAGCAGUUAUAUUUUUAAUUUUUGUUAUUGACAUUUUAAUUGAGAAAUCAACGAGGCGCUUUGCAAGGUGUGAUAUUAGUGAACAAGAGUGAGACGACCUGUCGGUUGUGCUAGCCCGCGGGUCCUCUUUAAGACCUGGGGCCAGAUUCACGAAGGUGUUACGCAAGCACUUACGAACCAGGGGCCAGAUUCACGAAGCAGUUACGCAAGCACUUACGAACGUGUACAUCUUUCCUCAAUC